AUGUUUUUACUGCUCAGCUGCUUGUGUCUUGAGCUCUUGUCGAGUCUGUGUUUCCACAAAGUGAAAGGCGAGUCGUACAGCAACACCGUGGAGAUCUUCAAAGACAAGCUGGCCAGCUCGAGCUACAACCCUCGAAUUAGACCAGUGGUCAACCAGUCGGCUGUCCUCGUCGUUCACGUGGCGUUUGAACUCGUGUCCAUUGUGGAGCUCAACGAUGUCCAGCAGAGCUUUACCUGCAACGGUUUUCUGGUGUUGAGAUGGACAGAUGAGAAUUUAGUCUGGGAUCCAGCCCAAUAUGGAGGCCAGGCCGUGAUUCACCCCGUCCCACAAGACAUCUGGAGACCCAGGGUCGUGGUCAUGAACACCUUGGGAGACAGGGACCCGUUUGCUGAUGAUUUCAGCCCGAUCUUCCUAACAAGCCAAGGUCACGUGACGUGGGUGCCUGGUUCCCUGUUCCUGACCUCAUGUGAGCUGGACUUGACCAACUACCCCUUUGACACGCAGGUCUGCACUAUAAAAAUCGUCGCCAUGACAGUGACGCUAGACGAGAUGCAGUUCCAGGUGUACUCCAACAAGGUCGACACCAAUUUUUUCACCACCAACGGCCAGUGGGACCUGAUUGAUACGUCAAUCAACACGUCAUCACUCUACGCUGAAUCGAUUAGUAUGUCGUCUUUCGAAAUGAGGCUGGUGAUGAAGAGAAGGUCGACGUUUCUGCUAAUCGACAUUAUCCUCCCUGUCGUGUUCCUGUCGUUUCUCAACCUUAUGGUGUUUGUAAUACCGGAAGAUUCAGGGGAGAAAAUCGGAUACGGCAUCACCGUCCUGCUCGCUUUGACCGUCUACAUGAGUAUCGUCAGCAGCAUGCUUCCCAACUCCUCA